AUGAGGUUCGGCCAUUUGAUCCUUCUGGCUGCCGCGGCUGGGUCAGCGGUGGCAGCUCCGCUUAGGAGCCAUGCGAAGAGAGCAUCUCCUUUCCAAUGGUUCGGGACGAACGAGUCGGGCGCUGAAUUUGGAGAAACUGUUCUCCCGGGUGUGUGGGGAACCCAAUAUAUCUUCCCUGACACCAGUAAGAUCCAAACAUUGAUCGAUAAAGGAAUGAAUAUUUUCCGGGUUCCGUUUAGGAUGGAGCGGCUGGCGCAGAGUUCCAUGACGGGGUCACUGGAUGCUGCUUAUCUGAAGAAUCUAACGACGGUCGUGAACUAUAUCACGAACGCAGGAGCCUAUGCGGUGCUUGACCCCCAUAAUUAUGGUAGAUACCACAGCAAUGGUGCUAUCAUGACCAGCACCUCAGACUUCCAGACGUUCUGGAAGAAUGUCGCGAGUCAAUUCGCAUCGAACAACCAUGUCAUCUUUGACACGAACAACGAGUACCAUGACAUGGACCAGACGCUAGUCCUGAACCUCAACCAAGCCGCCAUCAACGGCAUCCGGGCCGCUGGGGCAACAUCGCAAUACAUCUUCGUUGAGGGAAACUCAUGGACUGGCGCUUGGACCUGGGCGUCGAUCAACGACAACAUGAAGGCCCUAACGGACCCGCAGAACAAGAUUGUAUAUCAGAUGCACCAGUACCUGGAUAGCGAUGGGUCUGGUACAAGCGCGACGUGCGUGUCAAGCACGAUCGGGGCCGAGCGGGUGAGCUCCGCGACGGCAUGGCUGAAGGCGAACGGCAAGAAGGGUAUUUUGGGGGAAUUUGCUGGGGGAGUGAAUGAUCAAUGCAAGACAGCGGUGACGGGGAUGUUGAAGGCAUUGGCGGCGGACUCUGAAGUGUGGCUGGGGGCGAUGUGGUGGGCGGCCGGGCCUUGGUGGGGAGAUUAUAUCUUCAGUAUGGAGCCGACGAGUGGGACGGCCUAUACUGGGAUGCUGGCGACGUUGGAGCCAUACUUGUGA